AUGUUUAUCAACAUUACAGUCCCCUCUGACACUCAGAAGGGCGAUCUACGACGAGCCAUUCGAUCGCAGGCCGCAUUAAGCAGUGCUGAUUCUCGCAAGAGCACUAUCGCUGCCAGAGCUACCACCAAUUCAGCUUCACCUGAGGAACAGAAGUCAUUGAGAUUACGAGUACGGAGGAAGAGUAGAGCAAAGGCAAUCAAAGAUGACCCAGAAGCACCACGCAGCUCAUCGGUCUCCAUCGCUUCCACUCAAAGUUCUCCCCGCUCCAGCACCUACAGCCCAUUGCAACCAAACUACGUCUUCACCUCACAGCCUGACCAAUGGAACCGAUCCAAUACUUAUCUGGCAUACCCCUGCGUGGAUGAGUGGCAUCCAGCAAUCCCGCAAUUGGUUGAUACAUACUUGACAUAUUUCGCUCCUAGCGUUCAAGACCCCAUCUAUCUAUCCGACCGGCCAGUCCUUCGCCAGGAUCUAUGGCCCGAAACUCCGUCGCAUGGUAGUCUGUUCUUCGCAAAUCUCCUCAUCGCAUCAUCUCAUCCCUCCUACUCAAGGGAACAAACACCAGAGACUAUUGCGUGCACCGCCUGGUUGCGGCAUCAAAGCAUGCGUAGCCUACAGGCCGCAUUGGAUCCGACCGGAGGCAUGAAUACGAGUGAUCAAUUGAUCGCUGCAGUAUGUCUGCUCUGCGCUUGGGAGUUUCAGUCUGGCGACGAGCUUUCUGCAGCAGCACAUAUGACUGGACUCAAGACAAUGGUGAACAUGCGUGGAGGCUUCCAUAGCCCUGACUUUCCGCUCAUCGUUCGCCGCCUCAUAGCCUUUGUUACCUACGACCAGCCCUGGUACUCUGGACUGGAGCCAGUCUUCAUGCCACAAGGCGUCCAGCGGAAUAUCACCAUUGAUCUACACAGUCUCGAUUUACCGAUGGGCUUCGCAUCCUUUGUGAGGCCCAACCGGAUCUGCGCGAUCGCACCCUCAACUCUAGGAUUUGUCUCUGAGAUCAACCUCAUCAUGAAGAGACCCCGACACCGGAAAUAUGCCUUACUCGAUGUCCAAUCACGUCUGGUCGAGUACAACUUCCUGGAAAAUGUGACGAGCAAUUUCUCUCCAAUUCAGACUUCUUUCGACGACACGAUCUCAGUCCAAGCCGAGCACCACAUCAAGCUUGCUUUGUUAUUCCUCAUCUCUCACCUCCAAGGCAGCAGCUCUGAGCAGUAUUGGGAGAUGACAAAGUCCUUGUUUCCUGAGGUUCUCAUCAACACCGUCUAUGCCGAGGUCGGAGUAUGGGCCCUCUUCAUGAUAUACAGUACGAUACAGAUGCCAUCUCCUGUACUCUUGGAUGGACUAGAAAAGCUAGUCUCGAGCCUACACAUCACUGACUGGUCGAUGGCUGACAUGGUUCUACGUCGACACCUGUAUCCUUUCGAGAGCCUUGAUGUUGCUUCGCUAGCAAUGUGGAGCCAAAUGGUCUUGAACCGGCCGAUCAUUCCUGAGCAAAACAAUCUUUCGAGAUAUCAUAUCUCAGCAUAUAGACGCGACGAGGGGCCGCUUCUAGAGAUGGAUUCAAUGCUGCUGUCGCCAUUGAGUCUUCAGAGCACAUCAAGUUUAUCAUCCUAA